CAAUUGACCCACGUGCACCGCCUCCGAGACGUUUAAUUCGCAUCGUGGUUCGACGAGCCGUGCGCUUCGUCUCGUUACGCCUUGCUUAAACACUUUCGCUUUCGCGCUCCGCGGAUCAUCUCGUGAUCCUAAUCCGCGUGAUUCCUAAUUGGACACUGUGUAAUCGCCGUUUUACGGCUAUUUACUUACCGAUGCCUUAUCUCUCCGAGGCGAGGAUCUUGCGUAUCUUGAUCGCGCGAGGGGGAGAUGAUCAGGAAAAUGGAACAGAAAAUGCUAAUGACAUGGAAGGAUCGGAACACUUCAUUGGUCUUUUGCUUUUUCCUCACGUUCGUUAUACUCACGUCGGCAUACGAUCCGGACGAUGAGUCCUUGAAGGAUAUCCUCUUACCGGAAGGUCAGUUUGAGGCGUUUUACCUGAAAGGUACGCAAGAAGAGGAGCAAAACGCCGUGAGACCGCCCCAUCUUCACGGGUCCUUUCAUCAAUACCGAAAUCCAGCACUGGUUGACGCGCCCAACAGCGCGGCAUACGGAUUUCGUUUCGACGGGAAACGCCGCUUCAACUUCAGUUGAAUUAACGCGAAUGAUUCAGAAAAAAGAAAAUACAACAAAAGAACACCUAAUGCUGACAGAAACAUGACUGACACUUUCAUCAGGAAUUGCGGUUAUCAUUGAAAUGUGAAGAUCGGGAAUACGUAGAUGCCUGGCAGUUAGCGGUUAGAGCGAUUUGCAUCGUUUUGUUUAGUCAAGCGUAUAAAUUGAAAGUGUUUAUGCAUAAGAAAAUUUCACUCGUAUCUUUUCCUCCGGAUAAAAAUCGUGAAUGUGGCAUGACAAUAACCAUUUUAAUAAUUUAACAACAAUUAUUUAUAUAGUUGCUGCGGUUUCAAGCGAAUUCCUUGAUUUGUAGAGAAAUAAAAUAUACGUUUUGCAUC